CACACGUUGGUGAGAAGUGUGGAAGAAAAAUAGCUUUACAGUGAACACGGGAGGAGUUUUUCCUUUUGCUCGCUGAAACGCCAAAUUUGCACACUGGUGGAGGCGCACAUAGCAGCGGCUGUGUUUAUCGGCAGGAGCCAUAACGAGCCCAGAAUCGCGAAGUGUAUAUACUUUGGGGUUGGUUCCAUCGCGCGAGUGCCCGUCGUUCCGGGAGGGACCUAGCCAUCCCGUCGUGGAAUAUAUUUGCGUUGCGUGUGAAAGUUUCGGGCGAUUUCGCAAUUGGUCCAAAGUGAAAAACAUUGCAAUCAUUUUUCUUCCCUUCGCCAGUGGCGUUUUUCCUUCACAGCGCGAGAGUAUGUGAGGAGCUCUAUUUGUGUGUUCGGACAGAGAGGGAAAAUCGGAAGUGAGUUAUACAGCGAAUGUGUUAUCCUAGAACAAAGUGUUUGAACUUACAGUUGAUGUAGUGUGCUAAUAGUUUAUCCCGUUAGUAGACGAUUUCGUCACCGUUUAGAGCGUAUAGAAUGAAAGUUAAAUUCGUGCAAGUGCCACAUUGAUAUCUUCCUGUGCUGGAAGAACAGCGAAGAAAAUUCCUCCCCAGAGCACGGCGGAGUCCUCACGCGUCUCUCGUCCUCACUCCUCUCACCACUCACUCAGUGGGGUUUUUGACGAGGAGUAUACGACGAAGAGUUCACCAUCGCUUUUAUGCUGUGUGAGGUGCGUGUGAUUGUAUUUACAUAGCUGAAAUAUUUCACCACCGCUCUCUCUCUCGCGAGUUUCCGGACGACGUCGACGUCAAUAUUAUCCUUGGUCUUCCGAGGACUGAUUAUCUUCCGUGAGGAAACCACUGUUCGUUCGAAUGAAUGGAUUUUUUUUUCUGGUGCACCCGCUGACAUAAUCGAACGGAAACGAUAUCCAUUCUGCUCGUGAAUCGCGCGGCACGAACAAGUUUUCUCUUUUUUUGAAUUCAAAAUCUUCGGACAGUAACAGUGACGCAAGCACGCGGAUCCCGGGUGCAGAGAAAGAAAGCAAACACCCUCGCAGGCACAGAGAAUAUGGUGAACUUAACCUGCCACCGCUCAUCAUAAGCAUCCUUUGACGUCUGGGCAAUGACGUCACAGGCCGUCUAUUGUCUCAGCCUUCAGAUACGUCCUCCAGCGGAAGAAGGAUCCAACGUGGUGGCUUCUUCAUCGAGUAUUUCGGUUACUGGAAAUGAGCUCACCAAAGUGGUCACCACAUCAGCGCCGACCACUGCACCCGGAGGUGCCAUUAUCACAGGGCUGGAUAGCAAGAAUGUUUCCCUUUCGGAAGCCACAUCGCGGCAGAUACAGUUUCAUUCAGUACAACCAUCGAACCAGAUGGCGACGCAGCCGCAACACAGCAACAUAAUCCUCGUGCGCGGGUCCAGAUCCGAGAACGGGCAGAUUAUCCUCCAGAACACUCACGAGUUGUUAAGUUUGUUGAGCGAUGAAGAUAAGCCGAUUUUGCUGCAGCACCAACGGUUGAAGGCGAAGGCCGCACCUGAGGUCACGACCGCCACUAACGCCGGCAAUACGAUCCUGUUCCAGCCGGCGAUCAAAAGCAAUGCUGUCGACGGGACGAUCCUGCUGCAAUCGUCCGACGGUAUCAAAAAGACCGCCAUUGGCCAGGAAGGUGGUCCAAUUUUUCUCCAGCAACGGCUGAACAAGAACGGUUCGACCGAUGGGCCGAUUCUGCUUCGCACGCUUAAACGUAUCGAUAAGUCUCAAUCUAUUUUGGUAAUUCGUAACGCUACAACCACUGCUUCAGCUUCAGCUGCCAUCGCCAACGCUACCAGUACUUCUUCCGCUUCCGUCGUCGCCAAUGCCGCUACCUCCGUUGUUAAUGUUAAUGCCGCCGCGCUGGCCAACUCCUGCAAGGCCAGCAUUGUUAAGGCGAGUGCUCUGCAGACGCAGCACCAGCAACAGAGUAAAUCUGGGGCCGCCACCGUGAUCGAGGAAGUGGAACUCAAGAAGGAGCCGGUUGCCACAACGGUGUCCAAAGUGAUCCACAAGUCCAUCAAUAUGCCGCUAGGAACAGAUGGCGAACCGAUCAAACUUCCGGAAAAUUUAGAAAGUUUACCACGGGCUGACCAUUUCCCGACCCAGCGACACCGAUGGAAUACUAAUGAGGAAAUUGCCGCGAUUCUCAUCAGCUUCGACAAACAUUCCGAAUGGCAGUCGAAAGAGGUGAAAACGAGGCCAAAAAGCGGCUCCAUGCUGCUCUAUUCCCGGAAAAAGGUGCGAUAUCGUCGCGAUGGUUAUUGUUGGAAAAAGCGAAAGGACGGCAAAACAACUCGCGAAGAUCACAUGAAGUUAAAGGUACAAGGAACAGAGUGCAUCUACGGCUGCUACGUUCACUCGGCCAUCCUGCCAACCUUCCAUCGACGCUGCUACUGGUUGCUCCAGAAUCCGGACAUCGUGCUGGUCCACUAUCUAAACGUUCCCUACCCGGACGACAACAAGAUGGCGGUAAUCACCCCGAACCUGGCCCUCUGGGGGGACAAGAAGGAGUGGACCAAGGAGGAACUGGUCAGCCAGCUGAAACCGAUGUUUUUUCCCGCAGUUUUCAGCGAGGAUGAACCCGAUGCGACGAAUGAGAUCGAGAUUUCCACCGCGGAAACGGUAGAAGCCAUCGUGAGUCAGCUGAUGGAAAAGCAACGGAUGGCACGCCAAUCUGCGCUGGUUAAGCAGCUGGAGUGCGGCUGUCCGGAUGCGAACUGUGUCGACGGGAAGAGCUGCUCCCAUCCGAUGAGGCGAAUCAGUGCGGCCAAGAGCGACUUGGGCAAGCGGUCCGACGGCGGACAGCUUGGUGGAACGGCACCGAAUGUGCUUAUUGGUUCGAGGAUGUAUCCCCGGUGGAUCGACAGCAGAAGGGCCCGAGAGCAACAGCAGCAGCAACAACAACAACACCAACAGCAACUACAACAAUCUCACAGCAGUCUCUUGGAUGGGAGUCGAGCCGCCACUUCUAAGGACACAUCGCUACAUUUCCAAGUCAUUCCUACCUCUCAGCAGCCGAACCACUCCAACAAUCAUCCAAAUUCAAUUAGAGCAAUUGCUGGCAAUCAUCAUCAGAAUUCUUCGCCGGUAGUGGUCAGCAGCAGUAGUAAUUUAACCCUCACCCAGCAUCUUAACUCGUUGAACAGCAGCCUCAGCAGCAGCGGCAGCGCCAGCAACAAUAACAAUAACUCACAAUUAACAAGUGUCAGUAGUCAUAUUACAAACGGGCUGGCCAAUGCCCAUCUGGCCGCGGCCCAGCAUCACCAACAGCAGCAGCAGCAACAGCACCGGAGUCAUAUGAUCAUCGCUAGCAAUAACUCGUCCACGGCAGCGGCGGCCACCAGCAGUUCCGUGGCCACCGUGAGCGCCAACAAUCAAUUAACCGUGACUCAUUCUAAUAACGGCGGAGGUGGCCGCGACCCCAACAUAAAUCUCACGGCUAAUGGCGAGAAUCAUAUAUCAAUGCUCGGUGGAGGCCAUCAGCAGCAAUCAUCGAGCUCAUCAUCAUCGGCGGUGGUGACAUCGCGAACGGUGACAACCGAAGGAGUCAAUCAGAGGACGUCUGGCCAGGAUGGCGGUGGUGGCAACGGUAACGGCGGUGGAUUGAUAGGCAAUGGCAAUAAUAAUAGCACUAAUGAUGGGGUUGGCAGUGGGCAUCAUAAUCACAUUACGGUUAAUAAUACCGCGGUUAGCAGUGCGUCAAUGUCCAACGGCUCGAACAACGGCGGCGCGGGGACACCCUCGCUGGUGUUGAGUUUGUCGCAGCUCCAAGGAACCCCCGGCAGCCUGCUAAUCCUGAACGGCCAACAACAGUCCUUCGUAUGCCAUCCCUCACAACAACAACAGCAACAGCACCUCCAACAACAGCAGCAACGCAAAAACGUCUCGAGCGGAACCAAUGAGAGCAGCGGAAGCGGCAGCAACAGCACCAGCAGCAGUAUCAAAAUGGAAAAUUCACCGUCCGAUGCUUCACAGCACAGCCUGAUUCCCAAGCAGGAGAUCAUGGAUCUGUCCUCGUCCCCCUCGUCGUCCUUUUCGAUGAUGGGACACCACCAGCAGGGUUCUUCGUCGACCCACUCAUCGAUCGAGAGUUCGAGCAAGCAGUAUGAGAGCAUGUUUGGAGCGUUUUCGUCCUCUGCGAGGCACAGUCCGGCGGCGGGUGGUCACGGUCACGGAAUGGAUGGCAACGGGCACCAUGAUAAUUUGCCGUUUUUCAACGAAACGUUGGAUCUAUCGCAGGAAGACAUACAGAAGACGUUGAGCGCCAAUAUGCCACUUGGGCACGGUGGUCAAGGGGUUGGAGUUGGUGGAAGUUCGGAAACGCCAACCGAUGACGCCAUGAAUGGGGAAAUUAACCCAAUGGAUUUCAUCGAGAACUGUGGGGAUCAUCAUGGAGCGGUCGAUGAUGACGUGUUUGUCAAUUUGGAUGCAUUCGAUAUGUUGGUGGAGUUUCCGGAGUUGGAACUGGAUGCUAAAAGUAGCUUUCUGAGCGGUAGUGAAACGGGUACCGAUGUGGGUGACAAUGGAGUGAGCGAUUUGGGUCAGUUUAAAUUGUCCGCGGGUAGUGAAAUCGUUGUGGAGAAUAGCAUAAGGGGGCACCACUCAAACACGUCGACAAUUACGGAUUUUAGCCCGGAGUGGGCAUACCCUGAGGGUGGAGUGAAGGUGCUUGUGACCGGACCCUGGAGUGUCAGCUCGUCUUAUACGGUAUUAUUCGAUUCGUUUCCAGUGCCGACAACGCUGGUCCAGAAUGGUGUCCUACGGUGCUACUGUCCAGCCCACGAGGUUGGAGUUGUUAUUCUGCAGGUAGCUUGCGAUGGUUACGUGAUAUCGAAUGCGGUCAACUUUGAGUACAAAUCACCACCCAAGUUGGAGACCAAAUGCGAGGGCAAUGAGAACGAUAUGCUGUACAAAUUCAAUCUACUGAAUCGCUUGGAAUCGAUUGAUGAGAAACUGCAGAUAAAGGUGGAACCCGGAGAAUUGCCCGAAGACUCCGUUCUGUUCAAGCAAGUAAACUUCGAGGACAGACUGGUAACCUACUGCCAGAUGUUGACCGCUAAAAUUUGGCGAUCAGUCACCCCAGGAUCGUGGCUUGGUAAACACCGAGGGAUGACUCUGUUACAUCUGGCGUCCGCCCUCGGCUACGCCAAGUUGGUUCGCACAAUGCUUACCUGGAAGUCGGAAAACUCAAAUGUGAUAUUGGAGGCGGAAAUCGACGCGCUCAGUCAGGAUCAGGACGGGUACACACCUUUGAUGUGGGCAUGCGCUCGAGGCCACGCCGAAACGGCGGUGAUUUUGUACAAAUGGAACCAGAACGCAUUGAAUGUAAAGAGCAAUACCCAGCAGAGCCCACUGGAGCUGGCCAGAGGAAAAGGAUUCGCUGCUUUGGCGGCGGAACUCGAGAGACACGAAACCCAGCGUCUCCAGAAUAAACAAUCUCAACCGAAAACAAGUUCAUCGAUGCUCACGUUGGCAUCCAUCUCGACAUCUUGUACAACUUCUUCCACUUCAACUUCGUCUGCUUCCUCUUGCUCUUCUGCGGCAACAGUAACUAUUUCAGGAUCUUCGAAUAAUUCUUUUUCUUCCUCGCUUGCGGACAAUAACAGUAGCAAUAGCACCAGCAGAGCGUCCGAGCCUGCCAACGAUAACAGCAAUACUAGCAACAAUAAUAACGAUAACGACAGCAACAAUCGGUCGGGAAGAGCGGCGAAUACCAGCCCCGAGCAUAGCUUCAUCAACGAUCUGUUCAACUAUAAUGAUGCGCUUAACAGUAGCAACAGCGACAGCUGCAGCAAUGACCACUUUGCUCUCUCGUCCUCGUUCAAUCCUUCGCUUUCGCCAGCUGCAAUGUCCCCCUAUGGCGAUAUGAAAGGAUCCUGUUCGUCGAUGGGUUCCGGCACUGUCAGCUCAGCGUUGACCGCCGGAAAUCUGCACUACGCACUGGAAAACAAUAACUCGAAUCCAAUGCUUUCGAACGCACUGUCACCCAAUUCGGACAGCAACCGGAGCCACGAUGGGGUCUUUCUGAGACCGGGAGCGGUCUUUUCGAGUGGUCAAAGUCCACCGGGAGCACGCCUCUCCAAACGGUCAUCCAUCGACAGUGGAAUCAACAUGGAAACCCGAUCGACGAUGAGUAAAACGGGUAAAUCUCUGCGGGAUGCCCAACGUUUGAGCAGAACCGACCGCAGUAUGUCGCUUCCGGUGGGUGCAGGCGGCAAUCAAUCACCAUAUGGUGGCGCCAAUGCCGCCAACGUCUCCCAUAAGGGAGGUGCCGCGGGAAACACUGAUGCUGACAAUUUCCCCCUGUCCCUGAAUGAUCGAACGACGGAGUCACCGUCCCAAAUAUCUGGCAACAUUUCCCUACUAUCCCCACUGCGAAAGAUGGACUUCGCCUUGUGUGAAGUUUCAGCGGUGGAAACAAGCUCGAUGUGUGAGGACUCCGAUUCGCUGCAGGAGGAUGAACGACACUCGGUAGCGAACCUCGGUCACGCUCACGGUGGUCAUGGACUGUAUCAGCACCAUCAACAUCACCAUCAGCAUCAUCAGGACAGCGUCGAAAUGACCCCGGGGGGUGGGAACGUAGGGGAUUCCGAUGCCAAAGUGCUUACCUUAGCGGAACAGAUUAUCGCAGCAAUGCCGGAAAGAAUAAAGAAUGAAUCAGAGGAAAUCAUGUCUCUGGGCAGCCCGAUGCAGGAAACGCUUAGCGAAGAUGCUUCCGGGAUGAGCAUGCUGAAUGACUCCUUCAUGGAACCUCUGCUGGAUUCACUGCCGUCAUCUCAGUUCGAAGAGUUCAAUUUCGAAUUCAGUGAUCACAGUUAUAGAUAUCACGAUGUUGGAACACCAUGCUCUAGUCUGAGUCCUGCCUCGUCCGGACCACUUCAGUCUCCGGCCAGUUAUUCCAUCCCUCAGGAUCCGCCAAGCCCUGCGCCAACGACGCAGGACUUCACCGAAUUCUUGCAGGCCACCAAUUCGAAUCCCUUCGAGAAGGAUUUUUCCAAUCUUAAAUUGACUGACCGCGAGCAGCGCGAGCUGUACGAGGCAGCCAAAUGCAUCCAGAAAGCCUAUCGCUCGUACAAGGGUCGCAAGAGUCGUAUGGAGGAGCAGGACAAGGAACGGUCGGCGGCGGUCGUCAUCCAAAACUACUACCGUCGGUACAAGCAGUACGCGUACUAUCGCCAGAUGACGCAAGCGGCGGUAAUCAUCCAGAAUGGUUACCGGUCCUACUGCGAGAACAAGCGCUUCAAGAAAUCCCAAUCCAAUCAGUCCAGCUCAAUGGGAGGCGUCGGAAGCGGCGAGAGUGCCGAAGAGGCAGCCUCGUCGGCCCAGUGCAUCCAGAACUACUACCGGAGCUUCAAGAACGAACACAGCAAAUCGCCCCAGCAGCAGCACAAUCAAGGUUCCUCCAAGGAACCGAGCCCAUCAGGUCCUUUGAAACGAACUUAUUCGCAACGAACUCAGAAUCAAGCCGCCAGGAAAAUUCAACAGUUCAUGAGACAAUCGAAAAAUAAUACAUGGGAUGAACAAAUGACAAAUUUGGCUGCAGAGAGAACGAGCCGAAAAAGAGAGGCAGGUCCCCCAACCCAGGGCGGAGUCCCUCCAAAGCUUGCAGUAUCUCGGGGCAGUUGUACCCGGGGUGCAGCCGCCUAUCAGCGAUCAAAAGUGAACUAGAAUCAAAAGCGGUUUAAUCUCGCCACAACAGCAACAGCAACUACGAUGCAUUUUGAUAAUCAUUCAUCGCGGAAGCAAACCGAAGCAACAGCACAUCAACAAAACAGCAGCCGAGCCCUCAUCUUGAAAAAAAAAAAAUAAACAAAAACCGACUCACAGGCAUACUUAAUUCAGGCAUAAUAAGACAGAGGGAAAUUUCUCCUUUAAAAUAAUAUUAUAGUAAUGAGAGUGAGACUAGUAAGAGUAGCGAACAAAAAUAAAUCUAAUUUGUCACCUAUAACCUGCCGCGCGAAAGGUAAGUGAACCGUUUCAGGUUUGAAACAAGCUGUUGAUUUUGUUUUUUGGGUGACGCACAUUGAUUGUUGGAGCCAUUGAAUGGUGUCAUUUUGUGUUUCUGUUUCGCGCCCCCUCCCUUUAUCCUCCACAGUCUGUUAAUUGAACUCCCGUGGGGGACUGUGCAAUACCCUAUGAGAUAAUAUAGGUAUGGGAUAGGAAUCUAAAAAACAAAGAGUUUGCUGCGUUAGCAGAAUGUUACGGUUGGAGUCUAACGGUCAGCGGUCAGCGAUUGUGACAAUGACUACUAUUCAGAUACCUGACUUUUAAAUAUAAGAAUGGAUAUAUAAAUGAUAAAAAAGGAGAAAAAAAACAUAAGCAAAUUGUGAUUAUUGAACUUUUCAUUUUUAAGUAACUCAAUUGUACUUCUUAGCGACUAGGGUGAAAAGCUAUAACGAUAGAUAGAGAUGCCGAUAGAUUCAGCAGCAAGCGUGAAAGAGAAAUUCAAAUAGAUCAAAUGAAGCAGAACAUAUUUUUAAUACUAGUGAAGAAACAAAUAUGAUGAAAAUAUUUAUCGAUAGAGAAACAGAGAAGGAUAGUUCUUUUUUUUUUAUUAAAUCUUCAACAGAUUCAACUUAGCGGAAAGGAGGGUAACAAACCGAAAGCGUGAAGAAGCUGCUUUAAACAAUAAACAACAAGUGAGCAUUUUAUGUCCGUGAAUAAACCAAUGCCGCAGCUAAUCGAUUGUUAGUCGAUGAACGAAAAUUAAGAUGAGAUGGACAGUUUGAGGCAUCGGCUGGCGCAUCGAGAAAAUAAUAUAUUGGAGGACAAAUAGUAGUAGUUUUUAUAUAGACAAUGAUGGCAUCAGAAGGCGAUUUAUAUUUUCUUUUUUAAAACAAAUCUAUAGCUCGGUAGAUGUUAAACCCAUUCUCGAAUGGAGCGAAUGGACGAGCAAUUGUAGAUAGCGGGGAUGGGCGUUAGAAAUAGGGUAGGAUUAUUUUUGGAAAUGAGAAAAAAAACCUUCAUAAUUUUCUAUUUGAUUGUUAGUUUUGUUGAUAUUGAGAAAGUAUAUAUUAUUGUAGUACAGAAGAAACCUGUGAAAGGGUAAUUUCAAAUUCGUAUUACUCACCCAUAUACUAAUUAGGAGACUAGUUGCAGUUGCAAACUGUGCAUCUUGAACUUCAUCAUCAAAAAAAAAAAAAGCAAAUAUGCGGUGGAACUCAUACACAUUUAUUUACCGGAAGACGUGCGUCCAUCUUAUGACUUUGAAGACUUGCUAGGGAAAAAAAGAGUUAAAAAACAGAUGCAAAACUGACAAAACACGUACGUUUAUUACAUCCGUUUUUAUCCUAUAUAUAUAUAUAUAUAUAUAUAUAGAAACUAAAAUUGACUACACUUUUCAACUAGUACUUUGAUAGAUUGAAAAUGAUAGGUGAAACCCAUAUUUGAGGUAAAACUCUCCUUAUUCAAAGAAGAAUCACACGAAUUUUGUAUAACACAAGGUAUAAGCCGACAUCGUAAACACUUCUUACUCAUUUAAUCCAAACAAGUUCUGCAUUCACAUUAACCUUCAAAAAAUCAGAUAUAAGUAAUUGUAAAAAGGACAAAACAAGCGAUACAUAUGAUGCGUGAUUGCGCCACCAUUUUUCCAUACAGUAUUUAAUUAAAUAUUGCUAAAAAAACGAAAGUCAUAAAUAAAGUCAAACGCUAGAAAUAAUCUAGAAUAGAGUUCAAGAACAUUAUUGCAGAAUAGUGAGCAAAUAUUUUCACACGUUCCAUCUUCAAUUUCCUCUCUUACACGAACCCGUACAUGCAAAUCAUAAACACACACACAACACGACAAAUAUUGAGCUUUGAGAGAUUCUUACAAACAAAAAUUACUAAAAAAAAACCAUCAGCAGGACCUCUACAAGUCUAACCUAUAGAGCCAAACUUAUAUCAAACCAGAGAGAACUAGAUAGAGAGAGAGAAAAAAAAACAAGUUAGAACCUUUUUCCCAAUCUCUCAAUUUAAUCAUUUUCACAGAUGCACUUAAGAGAAAACUGAAACAAACGAACACUUUAGAAAUAAAUAGUGAAGCUUUAAAAAGGGAAAAACCAAGCGGUGAGAAAGAUGCACACUUAGUCCACUCAGAGGACUGCUACUUUUCCAAUAGAUAUUUUCCACUCUUGAACACUAGGAUAGAUACCAUACCCACACAUAUUACACUUGUACUAUAGGAGUUAGUUGUUUCAAACAAAUUUUACUGAAAAACAAAAAAAAAACCACAACAAAUCAGUGCACAUCUCUUCACGGUGAAGAGGGCGCCACUCGGACAGAACAAAUCUAAUUUCUUCCAUUUUUUCCUAAAUCAAGCUUAAGGAGGAUAACCGUUGAUAUCAGGAAAGAGGAAAUGUGUAUACAGCGCUUUGCGAAGUUCGAUUUUUAGCGGAAUUUAGGUAGAGUUUUUGACUAUAAGCUUCUAUGAGCUACGAACUGAUUACUUUCUCCUUUGUCAUAUUCAACAUGUUACAUUAUUAGAGCACAUCCACAGUUAGUUGGUUACUGAUGUUUGCUAAUUUCACCUGUGUUUCAUCAUACAUCUUGAUUAUCACUUGACUAUUAAUUAUUAUUAAUGUUUUUUGGGUGGAGUGGUGAGACAAUUGUUGUGAGUAGUAACGCAGAAAGCAAUUUCAAGUCGAAGCAACCAUUGCUUUUCAAGCAAAUAUGUUCUAUCACUUUGAAAAUACAGAUGAUCAAGUUAUCAACUGUUUCUUUUCAAUUCCAGUUCGACUGUUCCACCUUAUCCGCCAAUAACAACUGCUUCGAUUGCCUCAACAGUGAAUAUUGUAAUGCUUUAGUAGGCACCCAAAUUGGAGAAGUCAAUCUGAAGACACUCAAUUCAGUUUAUUUAACACGUUGAGCUCCGUGUCGGUCCCUAAUGACUGACGUUGAGCUUUUCGUUAGAAAAACGAUGACCGACAGAUGAAAAAAAAAAAUAUUAAAAAAAAGUUUGUUUUUGGAUGUUUUACAAUAUGUGUCUACUUUGUAGUCAAAUUCCGGACUAUUUUCUUUCUAUACAGCAAAUAUUUGUGCAAAUUUCCAUAAUGGACGGCAAUUUUGCCAUUUUACCACUGAGAUUGAGAUUGUUGGUUUGGGCAUAAACUUAGUACCCUAGAAUAAAACAAAAAAAAAACACUGAUUUGGAAAGUUUGUCAAUAUUUUUUUCGUGGAGAAUAUUCUUCAUGGUUUUGAGGACAUGGGUACUUUUGAAAAGUUCCAUGAAGAUCACGAAGAAAUGUAACCGAGUUUACCCUUUUUUGUAUAUGUAGUUACGUUUUGAAUUUCAAAUUUUCCUUCUACAUGUUAUUCUAUAAUAUUUAAACCACUCUAUUACAAUUAAUAUAGAUCAAAGGAGCUAGAUGGAAUCAUUCAUGCGAACGUACCAUUGCGCAAACGGUUUGUUCCAACAAAGGGUAAACAACCGUGGUGGAAUAGAGAUUUGGGGAAUCUUCGGAAUCGACUUAGGAAGGCACGAAAGCGAUAUUUCCGAUCGAGAGGUGAUGGCCAAAAGGCAGUUGUGCGGGAAUUAGAGCGCCAAUUCAACUCUUUGUGCAAAGUGACGUCAGAAAGAACCAAAACAGCUUUGGACACACAUUAAACUACGGACAUCGACCAAAGGAAUUCCACAGAACGUUUUCUACAAAGACAGUACAUUUUCAACAUCAAUUGACUCAGCAAACUUAUUCUCGUCCGUCUUUCAAAGUGUGUUAAGUAAUUACUCACCACCUUUGUCUGAACGGUACUUGAGUAGUCUGCAGUCAUAUGACCUGAACAUGCCGCUUAUUUCAUUAACCGAAGAGGACGUAUACAGGAAGCUGAGCUGUCUCGAAGCCUCGAAAGGAGCCGGACCGGAAAAGCUGCAACUUUCUUUCAUCAAGGCAUGCAGCUCCUCGUUGGAUUUGCCGUCUACCUUGCUUUUCAACCGUUCGCUGAGAGAAGGGCAGUUUCCUGCUUUAUGGACAACUGCAUCGAUAAUCCCUAUUCAUAAAGCAGGUGACGUCCACACGAUGUGCAAAACUACAGAGGAAUUUCGAUUCUGAGCUGCAUGCCGAAAUUUUUUGAAAGUAUGCUACUGGAUCUCAUUUACCCAUCUGUUCGGCACAUUAUCGCAAACGAACAACAUGGGUUUGUUAAAAAACGAUCCACUACGACAAACCUCAUGAGCUACGUGACUCUGCUGAUUGAAAAAGUUGAGAAAAGACAGCAGGUUGACGCCAUUUACGUUGACUUUUCGAAAGCUUUCGACCGCGUUCCUCACGCCCUUGCUGUGGAAAAACUGUAGCGCUACGGGUUUCCACUUUGGUUCACCAAUUGGAUAAAUUCGUAUCUGACUGAUCGUAGUGCACACGUACGGAUUGGCUCGUCUGUUUCGUUACCCUUUUCUGUUACCUCUGGCGUGCCGCAAGGCAGUCCCUUAGGUCCACUUUUAUUCGUACUCUCCAUUCACGAUAUUUGCGCUGUUCUUAAAUCGUCUAAGUUGAUGUAUGCAGAUGACCUGGAAUUGUCUCGAGUAGUAACAUCAUUUAUGGAUUGUCGUGCUCUAGAUGCUCUUCUGGACUGAUGCCUCAUAAAUGGCAUGGCAGUGAACAUGAACAUCAAAAAAUGUCACGCGAUAACAUUUUCGCGACUUUGCUCACCAAUUACUUUUGAAUAUACGAUGGGAUCGAUCGAGGUGGACAGAGUUGCAGCCGUCAAAGAUCUAGGUAUCGUGCUCGACGACAAACUAAAAUUUACGGAGCAUAUUGCAACGGUUACCGCUAAGGCUUUUGCCGUUCUCGGAUUCAUUAGACGCCACACUCAGACAUUUACAGAUGUUUAUUGCCUCAAAGCGUUGUACCUACGUGUUUUCGUACGCAGUGUAUCAGAAUACGGUGUCACUGUUUGGGCCCCAUACCACGCUGUUCACACCUAACUCGCCUGGAACGUGUGCAGAAAAGUUUCAUCCGAUAUGCUCUUCGACAUAUCCCCUGGCGUAGCGACCCACAUCUGACCUCAUGUGAAGAACGCUGCGCAUUGAUUCACUUACCCCGACACUGCAAAAACGACGUGAGAUUCUCCAGAGACUGCUCGUUUUCAAUUUUCUUAGCAACAAUCUUGACUGUGCAGAAGUUCUGGGGAAGCUUCGAAUCAACGCUCCAGGCAGAUCAACCAGACAAUUUGUUUUCUUCCGGCAAGCAGCGCAUCGGAAAUUCUUGGAAAUUCUUUCUUGACUAAUAAAUAAAUAAAAAGUGGAAAAAGAAAACAAAAACCGAAAAUCAUAACUGAUAUCGCGUCUGGAUGUAGUUUUUGCGACUUCGAUAUUUAGCAUUUUGAGUGGUUUAAUUACAAAAUCCAAUUCCCUGAUGGUUAUAUUUCGGUUUGUGAGUUAUCAGAGAAGUGAUAUUAGGUAUGUACGGAAAAGUAAAAUCACUUGUCAGGGGAAAAUUUUAGAUAUCGAAAUAGUUAUAGGGAAGGUGGGGGUAAAACGGACAUGUUAAGAAGAACUUCAAUUAUAUCUUUGGAAACUCAUGUUUCCCAAAACUUUGAUGCAAUUUCUUGCAAAUCAAGAUACUGUUUUUUUACCUAAUUGGCCAAAUAUUUUACAAAAAAGUAUUUUUCAAUGUUUUUUACUGAAAUUAAAACAGACCGAAAAGUACAACAUUUGAAUGAUGAAAAAAUCGAAUUAAUCCACCUAGAAGUGAUAUCGUGCUUUUCAACAGUAUAAACGGACAGACCCUUAACUAUUUGCUUUUGGUUCCAGUCAGCUUCUAAACACACAUUUGGCGAUUCAAUUUCCAUUUAUAGACGCAGGGUAUUCCUUAGGAAUAGAUUAAACAGACUUUUCACAGUUCAUCUCGCUCCCAUCAUUGUCUGUUUUACCCCACCAGUACAAUUAUUUCAAUAAUUAAAAUUUUUCCACUCAAAAAUGAAUUUGCUUUUCCGUACAUACCUAUUAUCGCUUCUCUGUUAACUCACAAACCGAAAUAUAACCAAUUCAAAAUGUAACUAUACAAAUCAACUAUCUGUCCAUAUUACCCCCCACAGUCUGUAUUACCCGCGGUUCUCCUACUGGUGGGACAAAAUGGACAGUGAAGUGUUGAGAUCACGUAAAACGCAAAAUGGAAAGAGAUGCAAAAAGCAUUCAACCCUUUUGUCGCUCGCUUUCUCUGUUUGUUCUAUUUCGUUUGCUGAACAAACAAACGAUGAGAGAGAGCGAAAUUAUUCCUCUCACGAGUAACAAACUUCUACGCUUCGUAUAUGCAAGCCUAUCCAUAUUCCCCCCCCCACUAUAUGUCCGUAUUACCCGCAUCGAAGAAAUCUCGCGUAACUUUUGAAAAGGUCCAAUGUAACAUUUUCGUCAACUCGAGAAAAAUGAAGUUGAAGACCCGAACAUUAUUCUGCGAAUUGUCUUAAAAGGUAUCGAUCUUUAUCACUACUUUUACCACUAGCAGUCAAUAAUAACUCUGAAAAACCAAUCGUAAUAGUUGUUGCGUGAUUUGAGCUUAAAUUUGAAGCCUCGGAGCGAAAAAUGUUACAUUGGACGUUUUGUCUGCCCCUGUUUGCACAUUGGACAUAUUACGUUUCACGAUAAGAAUUUGAAACUAACUACUGAAGAACAAUCGAAACAUCAGCAUUUCAUUCUAAAGACAGAUUAUUAUUGUCAUCACUCGUUGGAUUGCACUGACAUAGAUAACAACACCUGAAAGAAACAAAAACUCAAAACGACCGAAGUGCGACUUCGUGUUGUUUUGAUUGCUUUGUUACUUCGGACGUUUCGAGCGUCGGAGGAAAGAGGCGUCUGAAGUAACAGCCGAGUGCUUAAAAUCCGAAUCUGUACAUUGGAUAUUUGCAUCGGCAUCGGCGAUUAAAAGAUGAAGAAGAUAGAUACGUGAACGAUUGUUUUUGUAAUGCAUUCAAUGAUUGAAAACUAAUAGCGUGUAUCCAUUAACUCGAUUUGUUUACAUUUGUUACAUAGGACCUUUUCAAAAGUUACGCGAGAAAUGUUCUAUUUUUCACUCUGUUUUAAUUUCAAUAUAAAAAAAACCUUGAAAAACACUUUUUUGUAAAACAUUUGGUCGAUUAAUUAGAAAAACAGUAUAUUUAAUUGCAAGCAAAUGCAUUUAUGUUUUGCAAUAAUGAUAUUUUUUCUGAAUUUAAACUGAUUCGACGUUAAGCAGAAUUGAAUAGAUGAAGUCGGGGAUAGGUGGAGCAGUAAUUGCAGACGAAUUGAAUAUUCCUAAUAUUUGGCCAUUACCAAUUUUGAUACGUGCUUUUAGAAACCUACAGCUGAAAAAUCGGUAGAAAUAUAGGUUAAUUCGUACUUUUAUUAACCCUGUCAUAGAACUUCCUUUAAACUGAAAAUUUUUAUCAAUUGGAUAGAUCAUUUAAUUGGAAACGUUAAUAGAUAAUAUUUAAACGAGAUAGAGCCAAAAUACAGCAUACGUUCCCCCAUCAGCGAUGGUGUUGGUGAUUACGCAAAUGUGCAAUCAUGGGCAGCAUAGGUCCUCUUCCGUCCUGCCUAUACGCGUAGUUGUAUCAAAGUCUGACAUCGCAUACGUGACUCAAAAAGUAGGGGAAGUGGGGGUAUAGUGGUCACCCUAAGGAAUAAGCCCAUUUCCAACGUCAACAUACCUCUUCAAUUCCCGUUUCUCGAAGAAUAUUAUAGUUCAACUCAUUGUUGUUCAAUAGAGAAAACGGCUUUGACUAGAAAAAUUCAAAAUAGUACUACAGUUUUCAUCAUUAGAAAAAAGGUGAAAAAUCGAACUUUUUUUUGCUUGGAGGUCACUCGCACAUAUUAAGCUAAAUGGCAUAGAUUUAUGCGUUUUUUCGUCCAAAUUUGUGCAAAUCCUAAUUGAUAUAGUAGGUACAUGUAUGAAAAAGCUUGGCCUGUUCAACUAGAGUCUCAAUUUAAAUUUUCUCAUGCAUACAAUAACGUAAUAAGAAACACAUAACGUUUCGCAUAAUGAGGCUUAGAUUAGUUGUAGUGGCAUAUUUAUCUAGGGUCAAAGUCACAAAAGGAUCCUUAUCAAGACUAGAAUGUGAUGCGGUAUAUCAGUUUUAGUAAACAGAUCAUUGUAAGUCGAUAUUCACCUAUGACCAUUUGCCCCCAAACAUCAAAGUAAUUUCUAUGCUAAUUAAUCGUUGAGAUUAAACUAAAUAUCUGUUCACCUCUCCUAGAAUAUGUGAACAGUCGUCCAAACUGAUGGUUUGUCCAAUAUAUCAGAUUGAAUAAACUGAAUUUCACGAGAAAUUCCUUAGAUACUGUAGUGGCUUGACCACCGGUACAAUCAAUCCGUUCUCUCCUCCGUUUUUCACUGUCUUCCGUCUUCGAUCCGUUCCUGCAUUCCCGUCCUUCACGUUACUCUCUAACUGACAGUUCGCCUAUUAUUCUCAUUGUUUAUCUCCUCUGUCUAUUUACAUUUCAAUAACGAGGGAUAGUCCAAAUCAAAAGGGAUAAGAAUCUAAUUAAAUUGUAGUGAACCCUACAGAUACCAUGCGCACAGAACUACGACCUAAUGGCUAUCGAGAGAGAGAGCAACUUCUGUUUUUAUUUAUAUUUUGACAUGCGACAGCUUUACUGAAGUACAGAGUGACUCAAAAGUCAUUGAAUUCUUUAAACAAAGGUGACUGUGAAUACGGCAACUAUAGUCAAUAGUUAUACUACCAAACAAGCAGGUGACCACUUUGCCCUCCAUGGCCAAGUUGCCCCCUUAACCCCUAUAAACAUUGUGAAGAGCCACUGGUCUUGCUUCCUUCGUCGUUAACCGUUUGCGACUCUCCUAAUUGGGUGAACGUUCGAGUUUGGCUUCAAAAAUCUUAAAACUUGAGUAUACAUGCAAAUGAGAGAAACCUGUUGAAGUGCUCUGAUAACAGUGCAUUUAUAGCUUUAGGUUACUGAACGAAAACCUGAUAGUAUCUUUGGAACCCAAACAGGUUCAGAAAUUCAAUAAUAGCUUCUGAAAAUUCGAAAAAAACACACACACAAGAAUUUCAGUGAGACAUCUAGCCAUCUCUGCGGUGAUAAUGACACCAUUUCUUCUCAUCCCACAUUUAUGAAUAACGACGGUAUGUGACUACAACUUUUGUGUGAUUAUCAUAAGCGUUGUUUUUAUUUGUCCGAGACCAAAAACAACACCACCAGCAUCAAUCAUCUAGAAGAGACAUCGACUAUUUUUCAGAAAACAAGAAAAAAACACGAGAUGCUAAACUCAGUACAUCUGAACCUUACACACUGGUUUAGUGUUUCCAUACUUCCAAAAUCCAAAAAUUUUAUGGAAUGUAAACAAAACUCUUUGCAGAGUUAAAAAUCGAUCGAUGAAUCGAUCAUUCACAAGCACCAUCGCAAAGGACAAACAAAGUAUUUGGACCAUGAAGACCCCAAAACGAUGCUGCGGCGGCUCGGUUUUAAUUUCGGACAGCUGAAUCUGAUUAAAUCAAGGUUGCUUGGUGGACAACGGUGUCGCACGAUGUAAUAACUCUGCCUAAAAGACUCAUCUGCGGAAUCCGUGGGGAUAAGCGAAUUCACCAUUCCCCUCCACCGCGCUUCAAGUUCACAAACACACAUUCAAAGGUACGCGCGCAGCAGCGCAGCGCUCCGUCUGACGAAACGGCCGCGGAGGUUUCAAUUUGAAAACAAACCAAAAAUGAAGCGUAUUUUGUUAAAGGUAAACAUGAGAAGAGAAAAGAAAACACAACAGCAUCAUCAUCAUCGUUCAUGGAGCUUUGACAUUGAACGCAUCUGCGGACCGUGCGAAACGUUGACUAAUGUGGACAGGGAGGCACCGCCAGGGGUCCCAGAAAACAGCUGCUUGUGGUUUUUGGAUUUAAAAUUAAUCAAAAAUAGAAGCCAUUGAAAACGAAAAAAACACAAACAUCGACUAGAACAGAUCGAAUUGCGAGUAAGUACUUUUGUACUUUCUGUGUUUGUCAAGUGAGGUUAUCGACUUCCCAUUUCAAUCCAAAAAACGCGCGUGGACUAUUUAAGACCAGUAUACCGAUAAGAAAAAUGUCUCAUUGGUGACCUACUUUGGUGGAGCGGCAAGGUCGAAUCUGUGUUUGAAAAACGCACACGUUACUGGCAUUACCGGUUCUGUUAUGCGACGGUGUCGGAUUAUGUUGAUAACUUGUUCUGUGUGCCUAACUACGGGUGAACCGUUGUUUUUGGUUUCUUUCUUUGCAUCCCCAUUGUUUUUUUUUUUUGUUGGGAUAUACGAUCAAAAAAGUGCACAGCAGUAGUUUAUUGCAGAAUUAUGAGACUUGUAGUACCGCACGGUGAAAGUAGACCAGUUGGUGACAAUGAAACCAGACCAGACUAGUCGGUCAAAUAUGAUACUCAACGCCUCGGUCAUAUUGGAGCCGUUGGUCUAUUUGGUUGUUCCAAAGAUCGCAUUUUAUAAUCGGAGACAAGGACAACCAUCGCGACGCGGGACAGACGUGACCGUUCAAAUAAUCCGCUGAUCCACGGCCAAUUUGAAGUGACUUUUCGGAGCCAAUAAUUCUCUUGUCCAGAAGACUUUCAAAUAAUAUUAUGUAACGGUUCAUAUUUUUGACAGCCAAUUAAUAUUACUUGGUUUUGAAAAAUAAACUCAUUGGGGAUCAUUAUAACAAUUAUUGUAUGAUCAACAAUCAACCGAUGUGUUUUAUUUUUACUGUUUCAUCGAUGGUUUGUGCUCUAUGAUUCAGUAUCCGAUUCGGAGGCUAGGUCAACACGGCCGGGUUCUGAUAUGUAAGAGAGAGGGGGGCACAUUCGGACACUUUUUUUUCCUUGAUUUUUAAUAUUUUUUGUAAACUUAAAAAAAUCCUGAAUUCAUCCUGGUUGUCAUUUGGACAUCAAUGUAUCAUAUGAGCGUGUCAGAGGUGUGCGUUGAUGCGAUUACGAAUGGUUUAUUCGAAUUUUUGAAAAUUGCCUUUUUGUCCGAAUGUGCCCCAUGUGUUUCGAACAGUCCUGGGUACAAUUUUAUGUUUAUCAACAAUUACUUCCGUUUCCUCUUAUUUCCAGCAUAUUCUGCAUUUUUCUGUUUAUCAGUUUUUUUUUCUGAAAGGAAGCUGCUUGCUAUGAGAGGCGUUUUCGUGUUUUUGCUUUCUUCCGUUUCCGAGUGGUGGUUUUCCGCGGUGAAGUUUUUGGAAUAUGGUUCAACAUUUUCCGGGGACAAAGUUGCCAACGUUAAAUCUAUCUGUGCUGUAGACGCAAUGUUUUACAGCAUUAUUGUAUUACCCGAUGAGUCAGUUGCUACCUCCGCUGCAGUAGGCAUUUGAGCAUUCAAAAUCCUUGUCCGAAAAAAACCUUUCUUGAGAAUGGAUAGCAAACUGUCAUUUUGAAUCCAGCUAAUAUCCUGGCUCAGAUUGUCGUUUGAUUUCUAAUUUUUGAAAUGGAUUCGUUUACGUUGCUUUUUGCUACCUUUUUCAAAUGUUCCUGAACAGUGAGGAACAGUUUUCCCGUUAUGCAACUGUUUCCAUCUCGUCUUCGUUGAUGCUGGUUCUAUCGGUUUUCUUUUUGUAAUUUCGAACCAUCAUUAGGUCUGAGAACUAGACUAAAUUGCCUUCUUUGCUGAAAUGUGUAUGCUGAGAAUGUAUUUUGGAGUGUAUCUUUGAGGCAAGCGGAAUGAACCAUAAUUAGCUAUCCCCAAAAUUGGUCUUCACCCGGAGAGAGUCAUCUUUGUAUCUGGUGAGAUUCGAACGGGAUUCUGCAUUAUGCAUUAUAAAUUCCAGCAAGGUCAAGUACGCAACUAAACGGACCAAAAUCAGCGAUUUAUAAUUAUUCAAUAUGAUAGCUAAGCUGUUCCACCAGAAUUAUAUCAAAUCCCAUGUGUCUUUGACAGCCUGAUAAAAAUUCUUGAAGUUUGACUGGGAUGUGGUACUCAUUUGGGCCGCACUCACCAGAUAAAGUCUGCUUCAUUUAAUAUUGGAACACAAACAAUUGCGUGUAGUUCAGUCAUUUAUUAACGAAUUCAUAAUUUGUUUUUCAUACAAAUGUAGCAUUUUCUUUACUCUUUCAUAAAAAAAAAUUUAAAAAAUUAUUCAUUGCUGUUUCGAAGAAAUUCUCGUACUUUUCCCGUAAUACAGCACAUUAGGCGGCGCACACCCUUUUCGUCCACCGUUUUGGCGAUUUGAUUCCACCAGUUCUUCAUUUGAGUCAUGUUCCUAACAAGUUUUCCCUUUGCCUUAAGCCUCCGCUUCGUGAUUGCCCAGUAUUUCUCUAUCGGCCGGAACUGGGGGCAGUUUGGGGGGUUGAGGUCCUUCGGUAUUACGCUGACCCCGUUCGUUGCGUACCAUUCCAUAACCGUUUUGCUGUAAUGGCAGCUUGCGAGGUCCGGCCAAAACAUUACUGGACGGUCGUGGGCACGAAUAAACGGCAGAAUCCGUUUAUGUAGGCACUCUUUUUUUGUAGACUUCUGAUGUCAUUGUCUUGUCAGUGAGAAAGACUUUGGUUUUCUGUCCACAACUGCAUAUCCCCUGCGAAAGUUAUCAUAGAUAUAACCCACACAUUUUUUUGACGAGGAAACAAAAGGUCUGUAGAUUUGUGGUGAAAAAAACGGUGCACAUACAGUACCUUUCAAGAAGUUAGAACCACUCAAGUUUUUGAAUUUUUUAGCGAUCAGGAAAAGCUCGGUUGAAACGAAGUGUUAACAUUAACUAUCUUAGUUAAUUUUAUAAAGGAGUGAUAAUGUUAAAUGGGGAGUAACAUCUGGUUCGAAAGUUAUGAAACACCGAUACUUUGUUUUUUUUUUGAAGGAUUACAAAAUAAUGAAGGUUACAAAGUUUGUUUUAUAAACGAAAACAGUCAUUGUAUACCAUUUUAUCAUUUGGACCGAUAUCUUUCGCAUCUCUCAAAGCUAAAAAAAAUAUAGGAGGUUGUGUCCAAGACACGACCGCAUUGUUCACGUAGAACUACGCUGUAGUUUAAUUCAAGUCGCUUGUUUAUAACUGCGAACAUUAUUGUAUAAUGCUAAGAAAUUUUAAAAUUAGCCAUUCUACCAGUGUGGUCCCCCUGAAAUAUUUUUUUCUUGUAGAAUCAUUUGACGAUUAUUGUUUGAUGAUUCAUACUUGUCCUCGCAGAACAAUACAUGCUCGAGAUAAGCGCAGGCAUCAUCCUUGGUGAAGAAAGUUUUGCUACUGACAAGCGAAACCAAAUCACAUACAAAGUUCCAGAACGACAUUUACUUUCUUGGUGAUUGAAUGAACGAAAAAAAACUCUAUCUACUAAUCUCAACAACCUCGAAAAGAGUAGCACUGCUUCAUUAUGAUCACGAUUAGCGCAAAUGCAAUGCUAGUUGAAGGCAGUUUUGCGACUGGCACGCGAACCCAAAUAACUUAUAACAUUCCAGUACAGCAUUCAAGAUGCUUGGCAUUCCCCAAAUAUUUUUUGGUGCACUACCUUAACGCCUGCUUUGCCAUAGCGUCAGUUCAAUACAUUGAUGCAAUGUUAAAGGCACCAACGAGGCCUUUAUGAUGACGGAAAACAAAUAAUGUGAACUGAUUGGAAAAAGGCUGAAUAUUCGCCUCAGCAGAGAUUCAUUACUAAUACCCUAGUGCAAAUAUUUCCCUCCUGCUAUCUCCCCUCCUUGUCGCCACUUUGGGAUCGACAUGUUCACCCGCAAUACGUUAAAACGCACGCACGCACACACACACACACACACACACACACACAGACACACACAAAUAUCCAUAUAUCGAUGGCUUGAAGCAAUUAAAUAUACACACACUUAUCUCCGGUUUGCGCUCUUCUCAACAGAAGCCCUUUUUGUUAACAUUGCCGGUCUAGAUCAGCUUAGCUGUUUUCCUUUGUGGAAGUAGUUUUGCUACCGUCAUGUGAAACCAAAUCACAGACAAAAUUCCAGAACAUUUAUUUUCUUGGUGAGCUGACGAUAGCCCAGCUUGAUGAUUCCCCGCACAAUUGUGUAGCUCAGAACCUGCGCAAUGCUAGAGACAUCAGCGAGUCAGUAAUUUGGUCGCGUCCACAGCUCAAUCCGAAACUAAGACAUGUGAGACUUUCAACUUCUUUAGUUCAUUCGCCUCUAACCUUCAAAAAGGCCCUUGGGAAACUUUACUUUUUCCUCGUAUUACUCCUUCACUCCUCACCGUCCAGCUCACCCAGCAACGAUGUUGUUCAGUCGGUGUCCUCACGAAGAAUGAAAGUUUGCCUCAGCGAGAUCCACUGUUUAUACUCUAGGCGAAUGUUCCCCUUCGUACUUCUUCUUCUCCUUUGUUCGCGGAGACUUUAAGUCUUACGAUUUCCCCUUCGUUGCUCGUCCAUAAGUUGCUCGUUAUUGACAGCUCUGUUCGGGAAAGCACAUAAAUGGACAGAACAAAUGUAUGGGAAAAUGGAAACGCUUAUAGUUUUCAUGAAUUUUAACCAUUUACACACCAUGGAAUUGUAAUGUAUAGCAUAUCAAACAAAUCCUAGGGAAUGUCCGAUUCGUUUGGUAUGUAAAUCGCCAAAAUCCGUUCGCGGCAAACGUUAACGUUAACGUUAACGUUAACUCUAUUUCAUAAAAACGUGACCUGUUUUCUUACUUGGCACCCUUAAUGAAAGACGUAGUUCUACGUCAAAAAUUACAAAGGAAUAAAUAUUUGUUUCUUAUAUUCAAACGGUACAGAUUGAUAAAAAGACGGGACAAUAAAAAAUGAUCGAAAAACGGUACUGUUCCGUUCACGCGGUGAUUUUCAGGUCAUUUUAAUAGCACAAAAUUAACGUUGCAAAGUAGACCACGGAUACCGCCAACGAAGAUAACAAAGAUGAGCGGGUCUAUAUGGCUCCCUUGUGGCACUCCAGAAGGAAUGGUGAACGAACCGGAUCAUACACUUAUGAAUCAUUCGCAAUUUUUCAACUAGAACAGCGUCCAUUUGGUGAUCCAGCUCGGAAAGCCUAAGUCUUUCCUUUUAUCAACAGCAAUUGACUUUGGAACCAUGACAAACGCUUUCCAUAUAGACCGCAUCAAUUCGUUUUCAUUUUUCAAGCUUCCCAAUUAGCUGAAAAAACGUCCCAACUCCUCAUCCGUGUGACAUUUUUAUGUUUUGUUCGACUAUAGGUUCGGCUCUCUGUUUGAUAAUGCUUGAACUAUUUGUCAACGAAACCUCUAUUCAACCCUUGUUCGCGCAAAUGAGGAGAAAUGUUCGAGCUAUAGUGAAAAUUUCUCUUUCAAAAAAGAAAAUUUAUGCGCUUUCACGUGAGUUCUGUUCUAAGACUACUUUAUUUAAAAUUUAUAAUUGUGU